AUGCACUCCGGCACUGGAAUCAUCACAUGUAUCUUCUCGAGGCCUAUCGAUCUCCGCACUACCAAAACUGACUUUCCUCUGAUCUUCUCUUCACAGAUACUCCACCUGGAACUGAAGAAUCCCUCAGCUCCUUCACGCUUCACAGGUACCUUUGACAAUGGAGUUACCUGGAGCCUUCAAGCUUCUCAGGCGACUUUUGCAAGCUCACGGCAGAGCUCAAACUUUGGCCCAGGUAAGGCCUUAGUUAGGAAAUCCGCCGGAUUCUUGCUUGUGUGUAUCUUGUACAACUUGACUGUGCCUUCUGCUACUAUAUCUCUGAUGAAAUGA